UAAAUAAUUAUUACUAGAGAUUUAUUGUUAUGACAAUGGAAAAAAUCAACAUUAAUUUAAAAAAUAAAUUCAACGAAAGUGAAGUGAAUCCUGUAACUGAUAUCAUUGACUACCUAGUAAGAAGUGCAAAUAUAUCCUUUAAGAAUUCCCAUGCUAAUGAACAACCGGUAAGGACAUGUGAGAAACUGCAAAUGGCCCUUGAAAUUUAUAAAAGAUCACCUGUAGAAUUCCUCAUGCAAUUCGGAAAAUAUUUAGCUCCUAAUCACAUAAAAUACUUUGAAAAUAUCUCUAGCUCCAAAGAUCAAACAUUUAGGAAUUACGUGCACUAUUUGAGUGACUAUCAUUCGGAAACAAGCAGACGCAAGAGGAUAAAGAACAGAAGAUAUAAGGCAUUACAAAAAAUGAAGAUUAAAACUGAUUAUUUUAGUGAAAAACAAAUGAUGUACAGAAAUCCUCUUUUAUAUGAACAGUUGGUUGGGCAAUAUUUAACAGAUGAAGAAAUAAAAGAAAGAGAUCGAAUAACUGAAAACGCCAGUUUUCUUAACUUAAUAUUGGAAACUGUAGAUCACAACCACAUGAGAGAGGUGAAGAAUGUGCAAAUGCUCGAAGAAGGUAUUCAUGAAACACCAGAAGCUUCUGAAUUUUCUUUGAAUGAUAGUACUAAUGAAAACAUAAAUUUUCAACACAAAAGAAAAUGGGGUGAAUUCACUACCCCAGAUACGAAACCUGACUAUAUUCCAGAAAACAGAAAACACAGAGUUAUUAGUGCUCCAGAAAAGAAGUUAUUGUAUGAUGAGUUCCUUCAAGAAAUGUAUAGCAGCUUUAUAGAUGGUAAUGAUAUUGACAUUGAUUAUAAAACUAUUGAUAAUGAUGAGCAGUAUGAUGAUUUAGAGCAGGAGUCACAAGAUGCAGAAGAUAAAUAUUUUGAUUCUGAAACAAAUGAUGUUGAGAACUUAGAAGAACACAUGCACCUUGUAGAGGAAUAUGGUCAAAGUAAAAUAAAUAAUCUUGAAAAAGAUGACCCUCUUGAUGUGUUUAUGGAGCAUAUAUCUAAGAAGUUUCAACUGAAUUAAAUGAUUGUUUACUAAUAUGAAAAGUUCAAUAAUAUUAAAGUAAUUAUAAUCUUUAGGUUAAUUUCCCAACCAAUGUCUUUUCUUUUCUCAUAAACCAUCAACAUUAUUAUCAGUUAAAGUUUCUGUCUAAGUUCAACUAGUAAAAAAUGAGAUGAGAGAUUAUUUCAUAAGAUGCAAAACACUGCUCAUCCACACUAUUUUCACAUACUUUUUUGUUGUGUACCAUCCAAUUUUGGACUCUUCUGAGCACUAUAACAUAUAUUUCUUUAAAUGAGGUUUGAAAAGAAUCCUCAGCAGUAGGUAGUGACCAAGCGAUGUACCUUUGAAGUCACAAGCAUUAGAAUGAAAAAAAUAAUUCGCAAUAAAAAGUGAUAGUAUUAAAAUACAGAAAAAAAUCAGAUCGGUCUGUCUUUAAUUUUGA